CUUGUUUGAAAUAACUGUCUGUUUGGGUCAGGGCUUGUGUAUCACAUAUAAAAGAAAGAGGGACUGAAAAAAACCGCACUGGGAUUUUGAUCGGACUUCACUGGCAUACCAGCACAAUUAACAGACAACAUGGAGGGAAAUGCAUCAUAUCCCGUGUUCCCUGGUAAUCACAGCCACACCAACAACACAUGUUCCCGCGACAACGUUGUGAAGACGGUGGUUUUUCCCGUACUCUACUCCUGUCUCUUCCUGGUGGGGCUUUUACUCAACGCCGUGGCUGCGUGGGUGUUUUUUCGCAUCCCAUCGAAGUCUCACUUCAUAAUAUACCUGAAGAAUAUCGUGGUUGCAGAUGUCAUCAUGACCUUCACGUUUCCUUUCAAGGUAGGAUUUCACUAGUAGAAUUAUCUUAUAAGGUUUUAUCCGGCUCCAACCUUACUUCCACUGGGCUGCGCAUAUUCGUCUGUCGGGUCUCCUCGGUUCUCUUCUACCUCACUAUGUACAUCAGCAUCAUCUUCUUUGGCCUCAUCAGCAUAGAUCGCUGCAGAAAGACCCUCAAACCCUUCAGGGGGACCAAUGCGGCCCGCUUAGCCCGUCGCAAACUCCUUUCGGGAGCCAUAUGGACCCUUCUGCUGGUUCUUUGUCUGCCCCAUCUGAUCCUGACACGUAAGACCCCGAAGUCAUCGUAUUUCAAGUGCAGCGACCUGAAGACAGAGGCCGGGCUGUACUGGCACGAGAUAAUGAAUCACGUCUGUCAAGUUAUUUUCUGGGGCAACCUGGUGACUGUGAUAACAUGCUACACUCUAAUCACCAAAGCGCUGUACAGGUCCUACUCCCGCGCCAAGGCCCACAGCAGCGGAGGGGCCGAAUGUGGCGCAUCAACUCGAAGACCCCAGCAAGCCAAUAGAAAGAUGAGUGCAAACGUGUUCCUGGUUCUGGCUGUGUUCUUCGUGUGCUUCGUGCCGUUUCACUUUGCCCGUGUGCCGUACACCUUGAGCCAGACCCAACGAGGUCUCUUUGACUGCAGGCUCAAACUCUUCUUUUUUCAGCUGAAGGAAAGUACACUUUUCCUCUCAUCCUUAAACUCUCUUCUGGACCCUCUCAUCUACUUCUUCCUGUGUAAGUCCUUCAGGACCACUCUGUUCAAGACCCUGCAGCUGCCUCCUGGUUCCUGCAGCAGGCUGACAGGGGGAGGGUCGGACACGGAUACGGGCAGCACCGCUCUGAGAGACUCUGUCCGUGCGUGAAACCACUGCUGCACAUGAUGACGACUUUUGUGUACACACUCUGUGAUGAUGGCAAUAAUACUAACCCAAGGGGAAAAUAAUGUACUUUGUCAAAGCCGAAGCACUGACUACAGCAGUUCUUUCUGUUCUCUGUUUCUCUUCAUAACAACAUCAAGUUCCUCUCCUGUUUUCAACAUCUUGAAAAGACAUCCUACUCACAUCUGCAAAACAUGUGUGAUUUAUUCUAGUUCUUGUGCGUACAAUGAGCUUGACCCAUUUAAGUAAGUGAGUAUUUCUGAGGAAUCUGGAGGGAUUUUGUUUUUGUACCUUUUGUUGCAACCGCUCAGUUCUCACUUACCCCUUUUACAGAAAUGCAUGAGUAUGCAUAUUUAAGAAAAUAAAGAGGAAGUCAUGCAUUUA